AUGCUAUGCUUCAGAUAUGGCCUACCUUUGAUCAUUAAUGAUGAACAACAUGGCCUACCCACACAAAAUGUGGAUCUGGAAAAUCUGGAGCCUCUUCCAGGACCAUCCUCACCAGUUCUAACUGUUUCGGAGGAAUAUCCUUUAGACGACGAUAUCCUCGAGAUGCUAGGCGCAUCCCCGAAUAAAGCCAAAAAAACGGGGGACAACAUUCAAAAGGAUAUCGCAAUCAGAUGGCAGCAUAUUGCUACCUCAGGGCUUACAAAGGAAACUCGCAAAGAACUACUAGAUAAACAUCUUAUUCCUAGUAAUUGCACUAAGUUAGCUGCCCCGCUUUUAAAUUUAGAAAUAAAAGCGGCAUUGUCAGACACUUUGAUAGGCAAAGAUAAGAGCACUGAGUACAGGCAAAAUCAAAUUGCAUCAGCAAUUUCGUGCAUUGGAGUGGCUCUGACAAAGAUAUUUAAAUCGGACUCAAAAGACUCCACGAUAAUAAAACCUUUACUUGAGGGUGCUCAAUUACUGUGCGACUUUCAAUUCUGCGAGUCAAUGAAAAGAAGAAGCCUUAUUUGCGCCUCUAUCAAGAAAGAAAUUAAGAGCCAAUUGUAUGAAACCGAAAUUGAUACCUACCUAUUUGGCGAGAAACUGGCUGAUACUCUUAAAGCUGCUAAAGCUAUCAGCAGGUCGGCCUCUGAGAUUAAAGCAUCUAAGCCCAAGACCACAAUAGGACGUCCUCAGUCUCGUGCUUUAAACUCCAAGCCUCAGCCGGUGACCAGCAGGCAGCCAGGCAAGAGGAGGCAAGAGCCUGCUGCGUAUACGCAGAUUCAAGCCGUGUAUCCACCUCCUAUCCCACAGCAACGGCGACAGUAUAUGGCACCACUGCCACCACCACCGCCGCCACCCCCUCCACCACUACUGCUGCCGCCGCCGCCAUUGCAGUCACAACAGCGAUCCAGGCAGCAGCGCCCCUAUCAACGACGCUAGACUCGCACGGCAACGUUACCGCAGUUCAAACUUAUGGCCGGAAAAUUAUCAGGGAAGCUUAUGCCAGAAGAGGUGUACCAUCAAAUUCAUUAGACGUAAUCUGUGCUUCUUUAUCAAACAAUUCAGAAAAACAAUACACUGUGGCAUUUAAACAAUGGUUCAGUUUUUGUGAUGGAAAUAAUGUAGAUUAUUAUGAGGCGUCAAUUCCCAAAAUUAUUUAUUUUCUGACAGAUGAAUUUAAUAAAGGGUCUCAAUAUGGGACACUUAAUAGUUACCGUUCCGCCUUGUCAUUAAUUAUAGGAACACGGGUGUCCUCCGAUGAUAGAAUUCGAAGACUUUUUAAGGGCUUUUACAGACUCCGUCCGCCUUUACCAAAAUACAAUAUCACUUGGGAUACAUCUAUCGCAUUAGAUUUUUUGGCAAAUUUAUAUCCUCAUAACGAAAUUUCUUUAGAACAAUUAACAAAGAAAACAGUGACUUUAAUAGCACUCAUCACUGCCCAUAGAGUGCAGACCUUAUCGCUAAUAAGGAUCGCACAGAUUACACGUUGCUCUAAUAUGAUUUAUAUAAAAAUACCGGAUAUAAUAAAAACCUCAAGAUUAGGCGCCCACCAACCGUGCCUUAAUAUACCGUUUUAUCAGAUAAAGCCUGAAAUCUGUCCUGCACUUACCUUGUUAAAUUAUUUAGAUAUUACUCGUUCAUUAAGAAGUGAUAACGAUGAUUUCUUAUUCAUAAGUCAUAAGAAACCCAAUAAGUCUGUUACCAGUCAAACUUUAAGCAAAUGGAUAAAGAAUACACUCUAUGAGAGUGGAAUUGACACCUCAAUAUUCUCUGCCCAUUCCACCCGACAUGCUAGUACCUCCGCUGCUAGCAGACUCGGUGUGAAUAUCGAUGUAAUUAGAAGUACUGCCGGGUGGAGUGGAAGUUCCCAUGUGUUUGGAAAGUUCUAUCACAGAGGCAUUGAUAAUCAUAAUACAGAUGACUUUGCUU